GAAGAAGUGAGGCGUCAGUACAGCUACAGCGUUCUUUUAUCUGGUCUCGUACAAUAAUCAGUUGUGAAACUAGGAAACGCCGAUAGAAGCAGCAGAUUCUGCAGUCUCCGGCAGCUGAACCAGCUACGUUGUGAAGAGGGGUGGACGUUGAGACGACCGCGUUUCGAGGGGAUCUCAUUGGAGCGACCUUGGGCAGCACCCUCAGCAUCAAGGGGAAACAAAAGUCGCCGGCACUCCAUUACGCCAGUCGUGCAGCGUGUAGCCGGGUUCAAGAACACUCAGGCGUGGCCGUCCUUUCUGAAGAUGACGUCGGCCAUAUCGCCUCAGGUAGCAGGAACCAGCAUCGAGGAGGAACCCUGGUGCGUCUUGGACGAUGUGCUGUGCGAGACUACUGGGGUCCUCAUAGAACCACGUGAACUAGCGGCAGCAGAUGCAGAGACUGUGGCCCCUAAGGCGAGAGCACGGUACCGGUCUAUUGUUACUCGUGCACGGCGAACGCCUAAAGUCAUGUCGUUAGCAGGAAUAAGAAACGCGUUGAUGUGGCUUCCACGUUCGAUGAUUCCUCUCAGGAGGCCUUCGCCUUUGGAGAGACCCGAAUACAUCCAAGACAUGGAUUCGGGUUUGUGUGACAGGUCGACGCGAGGAUGCUUCAAACGACAGUCCUCCAGCGAAGCAGAAAGCUUGAAGAACAUUCUGCGUCGGGUAUCUCAAGACCUACCGGCGCAGUUGGGAGGCGCUUUGAAGGCCCGACCGUGUCUGACUGAGAAGACAGUGUCCGAUAUUUCGGCCGCCGCACCAAGACAGGUGUUGCUACGAAGUUCAGCACCUGAAUGCGAGUUCGAGUCUCUAGCCCGAUCUAGCUUACCUGUGGUGUCCCGAUUCGGGCCGCGGUGGUCCACGCCUUCUCGGAUGUCUGGAGGGAUGCUGUCUUUGAAAUCGACCAAUACGUUUGCGUCUGCAAGGGUAAAAAGGCAACCGCUUUGUCGAGGCCUCUUCGUAUCCUCAUUAACAGCAACUUCCGAGGGUUCCGUGGAGAAUAGCGGCAGUCAUGACCGAAGUCGUCACCCCACUCAGGUGCCCUCGCCCGAUGCUGAAGAUGCAGCGCCACCAGCGACGGUUGGCACAGUGAUCUUCGAGAAAGUCUGGUCGCCUUGGACCAGUGCGUUCCACAUGGAACCGCUGGUCAUGGACCUAGUGACGGGUGCUCGAACUCCCAAACCCUUGCGCCAGGAAGGAGACGACAAAGUCAAGUCUCCCGCACCCUCAGGCAAGCCACCUUCGGGGAAGAGCCCCAUGUCAGUUGCGGCUUCCCAAAAGCAGUCACUUGAAGAACCGCAGUCAUCAAAGGCGCCAUCACGUGGAGCUGCUUCCGUGGCGGGUGGUAGGACGCCCGCCGCGAUUACUCCGGCCUUGCAAACGAUUCCUGGCACUCCUAUAACGCCAUACACACCGGAGCUGGAUUCGGAGAUUUUUGAGGGGCCUGAGUCAUACAAGGAGCCCGAGUACGAGCUCUCGGACACCACCAUACUGGACGUGAACCCGAGCCUCCUGCUGCCGCUAUCAGGAUGUAACUUCCUCAUCAUAAUCGUUUCGGCGAUCGUCUUCCUGGGCUCCGUUUACGCGUAUUUCGGCCGAGAUAAGACCGAAACCGACGCCGCCUCACCCAACACGUGGCUGGUGUACCUGCUGCUGAACCUGGAGCUGCUGUUUAUGUUCCUCUCCGUCGUCUACUUCGUCACCGCCUCCAUCGGCUUCCUGGGCGCCCUUCGGCAAAACAUCUCAUUGCUGGAUCUCUACGCGUCGCUUCAGGGAUCCCUCAUCAGCUGCCUGCUGGUGCUCAUGUUCGUCGUGUUCUUCUUGCCGCUGAUUGGCCGCGAGUUCGUCUUGUCGCACAUCACGACUGACCUCAUCGUCCACUACCGGGACGGCGCCGACUAUCGCGCUCAAAUCGACUACGUGCAGUCGUCUCUGCGCUGCUGCGGUGUGACGGACGAGUCUUACUUGGACUGGAACGCGAACGCUUACUUCAACUGCAGCCCCACUAACCCGAGUGCUGAGCGCUGCUCCGUGCCCUCGUCUUGUUGCAAGGUCGUCGCACCCGGCGUUUACGACGAUGUACCUGGGCCAGCAGAAGCGAGUGGAGGAGCCGGCGCAGAUAAGUCGAGAGCCGCCAAGGCUACCAGUGAUCACGUCGACGACGUCGCUGUCCCGUCAACUCUUUGCGGACGUGGUGUAAUGAAGCUCGAGCACGCUGACGCUUGGAAGCGCGUUUACACUCGUGGCUGUGGCUACGCCAUAUUCCACUACCUUGAAUCUAGUGUCGUAGAGGUGGUGCUGUACACGUUGCUGCUGGUGCUCUUCCAUCUCACUAUCCUGGUGAUUUCCAUCGCCGUCAAGGGAGAGAUUCGUGCACUAGGAAAAGUCUACGACAAGUACUACCGGGUCGUAUACCACGGCCAGGCUCGCAUGAAGAAAAUGAAGGCGCCGGAACUGGACAUGGAUUUGGGCGCCGAGUCGGCGCGUCGGGCCCAGGGUCCUCCGCUGGUGGCGUCCGUCGAGGUUCGCAGGGAGCGGCACCGCAGGCGGUAUCUCGGCCGUGGGUACGCGCCGCCCGCGUUGAAGCCCACGCCGCAAGCACCGUCCUAGGUCGGGACCACGGCAUGUUGCCCGAACGACAGCAAUGGACACACGCGAUGCAGCCAAGGGGUCGCCCUUAGCCGUCCAUGCCCUUCAUCGCACAACUCAAGAUAUUUUAAUGUGAAUUUUCAACUCUGCGUCCACCAUUCUUGCAGCUCCUCCCGAUAGCACCAAUGGUGCUUCUGCAGUGUGUUUUGCAAGAAACCUUAGACGUAGGGCAAUAUUUAUUUUUCCGCUAUGUUAGAGAUUGAUCAGUUCUUGGAAGCUUUGAUAUUUGUUUACCAUUGAAUGGAUUCUUACAAAAAGUGUGUGUGCCUGACUCUGGGUGCGACGUGUUCGAUUGAUGUCAGUCCUUCAUGGAAAAAUACACCAAGUAUAUUGUGUGGAGAAUACUGCUGUGGGGGCACUGGACCUAAGCAUUUGCGGCACUAGCUUUUUUUUUCUAACUCUGCACCUUCAGCCAAGGCGAUGCCUUGCUGAACUCACAACUGUAAGUCAGUAAAUAGCAGCGCGCAUAACCUAUAGCUUUGCGUACAACCCACGGAAAAAGUUGCAGCACACGCUUUGUACGUCAAAUUUCGUCUCUCUUCUUUUCCUCACGAAGCUUCGUUUCGAACUUUUCCGACGCACCACUAGUCCAUCUUAUGCCAUGAUUACUGCUCAACUUCAAUUGGAUAGGCCUCUUAAGAACUGCUUUCGCCAAAAAAAAAAAGCUC